UUCUGGCCGUGGGACCGCAAGAACCCCAACAUCCACUCGUUUGCUCAGGCCAUUGUUAUUGUUUGUUCAUAAAAGAAACAAGUCUCGAGAAUGAGUUGCCAGUGUCCGCUGACAACGGCGCCAGGUCCUACCCUAGCCUCGACCUGUGGUGGGCCUUCAUUCAUGCUCUUCAUGGGCCUGUUGGAGGUAUUCCUGCGGAGUCAAUGUGAUCUCGAAGAUCCGUGCAACAGGCCCCAACCACCGGCUCAGAUCAACUCCAGUUAUGAUUUUGUUGUCAUCGGUGGAGGAAGUGGAGGUGCCACAGUGGCAGCCAGACUCUCAGAGGAGCCAAGUUUCUCUGUUUUACUGCUGGAAGCAGGAAUGGAUGAACCAACUGGAACCCAAAUUCCCUCGUUCUUCUUCAACUUCUUGGGGACCGACCUGGACUGGCAGUACAACACCGAGCCAGAGGACGAGGCAUGUCUCAAUAAAGAGGACAGAAGGUGCUACUGGCCAAGAGGAAAGGUUCUUGGUGGAACAAGUGUAAUGAAUGGAAUGACGUACAUGAGGGGUUCCCGAAAAGACUACGACGAUUGGGCUCGAAUGGGUAAUGCCGGCUGGUCUUACCAGGAUGUACUCCCAUAUUUUUUACGCAGUGAGGAUAAUGUCCAGAUCAAUGACGUGGAUUACGGUUAUCAUUCAACUGGAGGUCCACUGACUGUAUCCCAUUUUCCUUAUCAUCCACCUCUGAGUCGGGCUCUGGUCGACGCCGGUCGAGAGCUAGGAUACAAAGCCGUGGAUUUGAACGGAAGGUCUCACACUGGUUUCAUGAUCGCUCAGAUGACGUCGAGGAAUGGAUCAAGACUAUCGUCUUCCCGGGCAUUCCUUCGUCCAGCUCGUAAUCGUCGGAAUCUCCACGUUAUGCUCAAUUCAACAGCGACAAGGAUCCUGUUUGACCAGAACAAGCAGGCAGUUGCUGUUGAAUUUCUACAUGGGGAUCAACUGCGUCGUGUCAAUGUCCGGAAAGAGGUGGUCGUCAGUGGAGGUGCCGUAAAUUCCCCUCAAAUUCUCUUGAACAGUGGUAUCGGACCAAGAGAUGAGCUCUCAGCUAUCGGUGUUCCUACGGUUCAGCAUUUGCCAGGGGUUGGAAAAAAUCUUCACAAUCACGUUUCUUAUUCCCUGCCAUUUACUAUUAACGAUACUGACACGUCACCCCUCAAUUGGGCAACAGCGAUGGAGUACUUAUUGUUUAGAGAUGGUCUAAUGUCUGGAACUGGAAUUUCCGAGGUGACUGCAAUGAUAAAUACGAAGUACGCCAAUCCCCAGGAGGAUCACCCGGAUAUUCAAUUGAUCUUCGGUGGAUACUUGGCAGACUGCUCUGAAACAGGAAUGGUGGGGGAGAAGAAGGGAGGCAAAAGGCGUAUUUACAUAAUCCCAACGCUCCUGCACCCCAAGAGUCGUGGGUAUCUCCGAUUGAGGGACAAUAAUCCAUUAUCGAAACCCCUCAUCUACCCGAGGUAUCUGACUCAUCCAGACGACGUGGGUGGCGUCAUCGAGGGCAUUAAAUUCGCUACAAGACUCGCACAAACGCGCACACUCUCAAAAUACGCAUUUGAACUCGAUAAAACCCCAGUAAAAGGCUGUGAACACUUGAAAUUUGGGUGUGACGCAUACUGGGAGUGCGCUAUCAAGCGCGAUACUGCACCGGAGAAUCAUCAAGCUGGCUCUUGCAAGAUGGGACCUGAUAAUGAUCCCCUGGCGGUUGUCGAUAAUCAAUUGAGGGUCCGGGGGGUUCGUGGGGUACGAGUCGCUGACACCAGCAUUAUGCCGAGGGUCACUUCGGGGAAUACUAAUGCACCGGCUAUUAUGAUUGGAGAACGAGCCGCUGAUUUCAUCAAAAGAUCGUGGGCUCGGUCCUGAGGGAGACACUCGCUUUUUAGACAAUCAAAUGCCAGGAUUCGAUUUUAAAAGUUAAAUCCUAUUAAAUUUAUAUCAUUAUUUCACCUCGUGGUAACGAAAUACUGCAGAGAUUAUUCUUUGGACUCAUCUCGUGUCGUAAAUUCAUUGAAGAUAAUCGUGGAAAUUCCAAUGAUUGCGAUUAGAUCGAUCGAUUCCGUCCAAUUAUGAAACAAUGAAUCUACCACUCAUUGAUUUACUGGUAGAUCAUCGGUGAAAGUGAGAGACUCUUUUACUGCCGUUAGAGAUUAUUAAUCGAUUGUACAAGUCCAUGUAUCAAUAAGUUCGAUGUUAUGAAGUUGGAGGGAAAAGAUACUAGGGGUAAUAAAAAAUUGAUAACUCGUAAACAUA